AACAUGAAGAAGGUCCGCCUGCCCUCCAAGCACAUCUGGCUGCCUGAUGUGGUGCUCUACAACAACGCCGAUGGGAUGUACGAGGUCUCAUUCUACUCCAACGCGGUGAUCUCCUAUGACGGCAGCAUCUUCUGGCUGCCGCCGGCUAUCUACAAGAGCGCGUGCAAGAUCGAGGUGAAGCACUUCCCCUUUGACCAGCAGAACUGCACCAUGAAGUUCCGCUCCUGGACCUACGACCGCACUGAGAUCGACCUGGUGCUGAAGAGUGAGGUGGCCAGCCUGGACGACUUCACGCCCAGUGGCGAGUGGGACAUCGUGGCACUGCCGGGACGGCGCAAUGAGAACCCCGAUGACUCCACCUACGUGGACAUCACCUAUGACUUCAUCAUCCGGCGCAAGCCGCUCUUCUACACCAUUAACCUCAUCAUCCCCUGCAUCCUCAUCACCUCCCUGGCCAUCCUUGUUUUCUACCUGCCGUCUGACUGCGGCGAGAAGAUGACGCUCUGCAUCUCUGUCCUGCUCGCCCUCACCGUCUUCCUGCUGCUCAUCUCCAAA